CUGGAGGCAGAAUGGAGCAGCUCCCGGGAAUCCCUGCCGAGGGCCCUUCUGGAGACAACAAGAGCACCCAGGAGGCGUCCUCCAGGAAGGGACUCCGGAAGAUCAUCCCAGAAGGCUUUAUGGCAGAACUCUAUAGGCUCUUCGUUCUGGCUGGCCCCAUGUUCCUAUACCAACUAUUGAUUUUCAUGAUCUUCGUGGUAAGCACCAUCUUCUGUGGGCACCUAGGAAAGCUGGAGUUGGCUGCGGUGACGUUGGGAGUGGCAUUUGUCAACAUCUGUGGAGUUUCAGUUGGUUAUGGGAUGGCCUCGGCGUGUGACACACUGAUGUCUCAGAUACUUACUAGCUGUGUGUCCCUAGGCAAGUCGCUUAAUCCCAUUUUCCUCAGUUUCAUUCCUCUUGGGUUUGGCAAUGCUGCCUGUGUCAGAGUGGGGAAUGCAUUAGGUGCUGGGGAUAUCCAAGCAGCUAAGAAAACUACGGUUACGAGUGUGUUGGCCACUUGUGGCAUCUUUUUUGUCAUUGGCUCCCUGCUAACCAUCUUCAAGGAUAUGCUGGGACGAAUUUUUACCAAUGAUGAAGAAGUCAAUGCCCUGGUGACUUGGGUCAUGCCUGUCUACAUCGCCUUUAACCUGUUUGAGUCACUCUGUUGUGUUUGUGGAGCAGUGUUGAGAGGAACUGGCAAGGUUGUCUUUGGGGCUGCAGUGAAUGCCGUGAGCUAUUAUGCCAUUGGUCUCCCAAUUGGGGCUGUUCUGGUAUUUGUGGCCAAGAUCGGAGUCAGAGGCCUCUGGCUGGGGAUGCUGGUCUGUGCCAUCAUGGCAACCAUUACUUUUAUUGUCUACACUGCCAGAAUUAACUGGAAUUUGGCUUCAGAGGAGGCUCAGAAACGAGCUGGGCUUCACCAAGAGUCUGAAAGCACAAGUCCCUCCCCAGGGCUAGAGAAGGUGGCCAUUUCUUCAGUGGCUACAGGUAGCAAUCCUGGAAUUACUUUGAUGAGGUACUCAAAAACGGAGAGCCACACAGACCUCUUACCACCUCUGGAAGCAGCUUCUACUCUUUCGGGUCCCCGAAACGUUCUGUCACUAAAGCAGCUGGUUGUCCGCCGGGGGCUUUCUCUUCUGUUGACUGUCACAGUGCUCAUCCUGGGGGUCAUGGUCAGGAUCAUGAUUCCCCUACACUAGGAAGAAGGCUUGCCUUGCUGGAAAAGAGACAUGUUGGAAGAGUGGCCCUGGGACAGCACCACGAGGGCCCGUGGUGCAGAACUCUUCAGGAAGGUCCUGAGUCCUGAAAACCUCUUUAUAAACACUGACGUCUAUUAGUGCUUCAUGGGAACCCAAGGCAGCUUCCCUUGUGGGCCGCAGGAGGUCGGGCUUCCAAGGGGUUGGCUCCCUCCACCUUGGACUGUUCAUUUGAAAUACGUAGCAAACUUGAACUGAAAUCCUGAAGGCUGUCAAAGCUAUUUUCAAGUAGGAAUAGGUCCAAACUGUAAAUGUUUUAUAAUAGAACACCCCAGUCACCAAGGUAAAAGACACCAUUUCUUAGACACGCUGCUGCCCAACUUCAUCCUUGAAGCCUUUUCUGGGCUGUUUACAUGCUCCUGGUUCACACUCUAUGGCAGGGGUCGGCAACGUAUGGCAUGAGAGCCACAUCUGGCUCUUUGGAGGGCCACAUAUGGCUCUUUCUGCAGGAGCCAUAAAGUCAGCCGCGGCACAGUAACUGUUUACGCAGGACAUCGUGCGUCACGUGAUACGUCACAUGAUCCUAUCUUCUAAGAUAGAAGCUCCCUCAUUGAUAUUGCCGCGCGAGAUGAAUCCUGGUCUUUAGUUCGGCUUGGGAG